AUGGGUGAAAUAAUAUAUGGAGUAGAUCCAGAGCACAGAGAUGUUGCAAAGUUCAAGUCGUCAAUAGCGUACAAGAAGAUACUGCACUAUAUCACAGAUAUAGACAAGAGAAUACAGAAGAAAGAAAUACUGGGAGACGGAGAAAGACGGUACGAUCUCGCAGAGAGCAGAAGAAGAGAGCACAGGAGAAAAGAUGGAGAAGAAAGUGAAGUGCCCUCGCAGGACGACACACGAGAGAGUGAGGGGAAUGUGUUUCUGAGUAAAAUAGAAGAGAUCAUCGAAGAGGUGCCCUUGGAGGAGGGAAAUCAGAGAUAUGGAAACAAAGGAUUCAUAAACUUUGUGGAAAGGCUGUCGAUAGAGGGAGAGAGGAUCAUGAAAGAGUCAUUCCCCGGGAUAACAGAUAAAGACCUUUCAAUACUCCAAAACUAUCUCGACGAGUCAUUUGGGAACAGAUCGAGGAUAGACUACGGCACAGGCCACGAGCUCAACUUUUUCUGUUUUUUGAUAAUUUUGAUGAUGAGAAAAUUGCUCGCUGAAGAUGCGGUGUUGCUCGUAUUGGAGCACUAUUUCAGCAUAGUCAGGCUGCUUAUCCUCAAAUACAAGCUGGAGCCAGCGGGGAGCCACGGGAUGGGAGGGCUAGAUGACUACCAGCUGCUUCCAUUUCUAUUUGGAUCAUCGCAGUUCUGCUGCAGGGAAGGCUUUGUGUUUAGCGAUUUAUUCACUGAGGAAGAGAGAGGCCUGUGCUACUCAAAGGCGCUUCGGUUUAUACACAUUGAUAAAAGCUUUCCUCCGAGUAAAUACUCGUAUAAAGAAAGAAUAGAAAAGUACAACACAAUAGAAAUAACAGAAGAACCAUUCUCCCAUCACUCAGUGACAAUAUACUCACUAAGAACUGUGCCAUUCAUGAAAAUUAACAGGGGAAUGAUAAAAAUGUACGAUGGCGUAGUGUUAUCCACGCACGCAGUCAUUCAGCACUUUAUAUCAAGUGAGUAUCUACCAAUAUAG